UGGCACCGGGCUGCUGUUCCUCGAAGCCGAAGUCGUGAUGGAGGUCGACAGCUACGCGUCAAACCCGAAGCUCUCAGCAGAGUCUGCUCGACUGGUCGAACAUCUGAAGGAGAGACAUCGCAGCGACACCAAGGAGCAGGUGGGUAGCUCUCCAAACGGUGACCUCGGGAAUAUAAACUGGAUGGCGAGCGAAGACUUCACCGCAGAAGUGGGUAAGAGUCUGAUUAACAAGUGCAUCCAGAGCUGGGAGUUGCAGCCCUGUUGGCUCUACAGUCUGGAUUUUCUCCACUCCACGGAGGAGGAGGAGGACCACGACACCUUCUACCACUACCGGGCCCGCUUCAGCACACCCACCCCGCGGAAACCCAUUCAGGGGACAGCGGGCGUCUACUUUGUCGUGGGCAUUUCGAAAGUCAAGCCACGGACUCUUCCCCCCGUGGAGGUGCUGUUCACUGUGGAGUCGAACCGGCUCGUACACACGCCGGGGAGGAGCCGCUUCACAGAGAAGUGGCUGGCGGAUGUUAUCGAGAGCAAGACUUUGCUCCAGAGAGCGAUGGACCUUUGAAGCAGUUCAACCCCCCCCCCCUCAAAACACAUCACACGGAAAGAGAAGACUUCACGCUGACCCCUUCUUUUAAAACAUUCAGUUAUAGACGCAUUAAACACCUCUGGAUGGACUUCGCAUUAGCCAUUAGCUCCAAAGUAGAUUCCUUUUAGCAGCACUGUAUUGCCAGUUUGUCUCAGAUUUUUUUUAAAAAAAAAAAAAACAUUCGCAUUAUCAACACAUGUCUAAUUCUUACCAUGUU